AUGAAUGGGGUUCCCUUGCUUGAGCUAACAAAACAAGAUGGCAGCAAUAAGAGCAAUCUGCACUACCUUGAUCUAUUAGGCUCAAAAUUCACCACUCUGCCUACUGAAUUCUUCUGUGAAAUGGCAAGCCUUGAGGAGCUCAUUCUCAGGAAUUGCUCCAAUCUCAAAGAAUUACCUCCUUCCAUGGCUCGACUAUCAAAUCUCUUGAUUCUUCAUGUCGAGGGGUCCCAAAUUACAUCUUUUCCAGAAGACAUGUUCCAAGCAAUGAGAAGCCUGGAUACACUCAAGCUAAUCAACAACGUGCUACUGAUGUCAUUACCAAUGUCCCUGUCUGAAGCCACAGGCCUCAAACAGCUCCAUAUUUGUGACUGCAUUAGAUUAAUGUCAAUCCCGUGGUCAUGGUCAAAAGCCAAAUGCCUCAGAGAGCUACAUCUUUCUAAUUGUGCUGGCUUAAGCCGUGAGUUUCUCCAGGAACUGGUACCGUGCCUCGAAGAUCUUUACAUACAAACAUGGAAAUCCUUAGAAAGUAUCAAAAUCCAUGGGCAUCCAAACCUGAGAAUGUUCUCACUCUCUGGACCGUGGAUUAGGUGCCUGUCCUUGCGUGGGUGCAGCAAGCUCAAAAUUCUCAACUUGGUUGAUGAUCUUACAGCCUUGGAAGAUGUUGAUAUUUCUGAAACAGGUCUUGAGGAGGUCCCUCGCAACCUCCCAAAUCUACCACAACUCAGGAGAUGA